AUGUCCGAAGCUUCCAUUUACACGGGUCCCUGGGUAGACUGGUCUCGCGGUAUCAUCGUGGGGAGCACAAUCACGCUAUCCGCACGGUCGGCAUCCCUCCUAACAGCCUUCCUCGCCCUCUUCGUCACCAUCGUCGGGUCCUGCCUAUGGAGGGUCCUCAGCUUCCUCAGCCAUCAAUGUUCCGCCAGUCCGAAUGCUAAAGACGGCAUCUAUCACCAGCACCAACUUGUGUUUCGCAAUACGGGAUCUCCCUUUGAGGCUACCAAAUCCUUCACCGAGAUCGCGUGGUAUUGGCGGAAGAGUGGGCGACGGCCAUGGACUCGAUCGCUGCCACUCGCUCUCUUCGCGCUGGUAUUUCUGCUCGCGUUUGGAGCGGCCUCGAUUCUCACAUCUCUUGUUACGCGUGCGGCAGGGGCUCAACGCUUGAUCGUCAGCGACGACUGUGGGUAUUGGUCGUUCGACCCGUCAGCGACGCUGGAGCAGCGGACGCUCGCAAUGCAGUACAAGGAUCUCAACGAUACGCUGGUGGCCGCAGAGUAUACGCGGCAAUGCUAUGAUCAAAAUACUAGCUUGAACAACAAACUCCGUUGUGGGAUGUAUACCACGCAAUCUAUCCCUUGGUCCUCGGGAGGCACGAUUUGUCCCUUCGAUCCUUCAAUCUGCGCUGUCCCACAGGCUCACAAGAUGGACACCGGGCUGAUCGACUCGCACUACGAUCUUGGAAUCAAUGCUCCACACUCUGGCCGAGUGGGUUUCCGCAAAGUCACUACCUGCUCGCCGCUGAGCGUGAAGGGUGACUUCGUUUCUGUCAUCACUUCAACUGGGGACGACGGCCUCGGUGUCCAAGGUGAUCGGAUCAGAAAAUACCAUUACGGCGCAUACCUUGGCGCCGCCGUCGACACGAACACGACCUACCUAUACAACCAGCAUGCCUUUAUCGAUGGAUUCGGCUAUGAAGUGAAUGCCCUCCAAGUUCCCCUCGACGACGCCACCUUCAUGGCCAUCCCUGAACUCGACCCCCAAGAUGCGGACCUCACCAUCAUCUUCCUUGCUGCCAACGCAAUAAAAUACAACCACCCAACAUCCGACCCGUUCUUCAGCGCAAACUUCUACGUCGAUCUCGGUUCCUACAACGGCAUCAACCUCUCGUAUUUCUCCGCAGAUGAAUAUGUCUCCGCCAUGGCAUGUGCAGAUCAAUACCAAUAUUGCAACGUCGAGGACAAGACGCUCUGUACGCCCCUGACGGGAUACCAACAGGCCUGGGCGGCCCUCGACGCCACCAAGCUCAACCUCAACGAGGUACAAUACACGGUCGCAUCCCGUAUCGCGCUGUCCUCUCGCUCUCUCUCGACUUUUCACUCCAUCUCCGGCCGUGGCGCGUCCGCUCUGCGCGCCCAGGAAACCAUCUACGACCGCGUCCAACAAGUCCCACUGCCGGAUCACCAAUGGCAGAUCGAACUUGCCAACUGGUUCGAGAUCAGCCUGGCGAAGCUUCAGCACGUCGUCGUCGAGUAUGCGGCUCCCAGUGUCAAGACGGAAGACAUGCCCGUGGGAGCCUACCUGCAGAGCCCAACCGACAUUGUGUCAAAGGCCAUGUGCUCCAGUCAGAAAGUGGCAUUCACCGGCUCGACCGUCAGCUUCAGCGUGCUUGGCGUGGUGAUCAUCCUGGCUGUAGGCGGGGCCAUUGUCCUUUUACACCUCGUAUUGGAGCCACUGGUAGGCUGGAUGCAGCGCCGUUUCCGGUGGGGCGAAUUCCGGCGCGCGCGAUGGAUCAUGGAUGACAAGUUCCAGGUGCAGCGCAUGGCGUUCGAGGAAGCGCAAAUGGGCGGCGAGUGGACAAACCUGGACGGUGGCAUCCCUGUCACGAAGCAGGGAGACGUCCUCUUCGGCGGCUUGGACGGCGUGGACCUCACGGCCCCGCGGCUGGGGAAAGAUUGGGCAGAAAAGAAGGACGUCGCAAGUGGAGUCGCCACGCCUCCUGAGUUCGAUGAAUUGUCCUCCGACCGGCCGACGGCCGACAUGGUGCACACCGCCGAAGCGUGUCCGGAUCAGUCGAACCCACGGUCUCAGUAUCAGUAUCAGGCGUACCGGAAGCCGAGGUACCAAGCCUUGCCGGGGCAAGAGAGCCCGCUGACGAGAUAA